GAAUCACAUAUUUUAAGUUCAGUGCAGGAUGGAACAAAGAAACCUCAGAUUGACAGCAAUAAAAGCAAUAACUACAGGAUCGUAAAGGAGAUUUUGAUUAGGCUGAGUAAACUCUGCAUACAGAAUAAAAAGACUCGGAAUCAACACCAACGAUUACUAAAAAAUAUGGGGGCUCAUUCGGUGGUGUUGGAUCUUCUGCAGAUACCCUAUGAAAAGAAUGAUGAAAAGAUGAAUGAAGUCAUGAAUCUAGCUCAUACAUUCCUGCAAAAUUUCUGUCGAGGAAAUCCACAGAAUCAAGUUCUUCUUCAUAAACAUCUGAAUUUGUUUUUAACUCCUGGUCUUCUUGAAGCAGAAACGAUGAGACACAUCUUCAUGAACAAUUACCAUCUGUGCAAUGAAAUUAGUGAGAGAGUCGUGCAACAUUUUGUGCACUGCAUUGAGACACAUGGCCGCCACGUGGAGUACCUGAGGUUUUUGCAGACAAUUGUAAAAGCAGAUGGUAAAUAUGUGAAGAAAUGCCAGGAUAUGGUAAUGACAGAGUUGAUAAAUGGGGGUGAAGAUGUGCUGAUAUUUUACAACGAUAGAGCAUCAUUUCCAAUCCUUCUCCAUAUGAUGUGUUCAGAGAGAGACCGAGGGGAUGAGAGUGGCCCCUUAGCCUACCACAUCACCCUUGUGGAGUUGCUGGCAGCGUGCACAGAGGGGAAAAAUGUCUACACUGAAAUCAAGUGUAAUUCCCUUCUGCCCCUGGAUGACAUAGUGCGGGUGGUGACCCACGAUGACUGCAUCCCGGAGGUUAAAAUAGCUUAUGUGAACUUUGUUAAUCACUGUUACGUUGACACGGAAGUGGAGAUGAAAGAAAUCUACACAAGUAACCACAUUUGGAAAUUAUUUGAGAACUUCUUGGUGGAUAUGGCAAGGGUUUGCAAUGCAACUACAGACAGGAAACACGCAGACCUCUUCUUGGAGAAGUGUGUUACUGAGUCCAUAAUGAACAUCGUGAGCGGCUUCUUUAACUCUCCUUUUUCAGACAAUAGUACCAGCCUCCAGACACAUCAGCCAGUUUUUAUUCAGCUGCUGCAAUCUGCCUUCAGAAUUUACAAUUGCACCUGGCCAAACCCGGCACAGAAAGCCUCAGUGGAAUCCUGUAUCAGAACUUUGGCUGAAGUGGCAAAAAAUCGUGGAAUUGCCAUUCCAGUGGAUUUGGACAGCCAAGUCAAUACUCUUUUCAUGAAGAGCCAUUCAAAUAUGGUGCAGAGAGCAGCCAUGGGUUGGAGAUUAUCAGCUCGCUCUGGACCACGCUUUAAGGAAGCUCUUGGAGGGCCUGCUUGGGAUUACAGAAAUAUUAUUGAAAAGUUACAGGAUGUGGUGACCUCCUUGGAGCAACAGUUCAGCCCGAUGAUGCAGGCAGAAUUCUCAGUGUUGGUCGAUGUACUGUACAGUCCAGAGCUGCUGUUCCCCGAGGGAAGUGAUGCAAGGAUAAGAUGUGGUGCUUUCAUGUCCAAGUUGAUUAAUCACACAAAGAAACUAAUGGAGAAAGAAGAAAAAUUGUGCAUUAAAAUUCUUCAGACAUUACGAGAAAUGCUAGAGAAGAAAGACAGCUUUGUGGAAGAGGGUAACACAUUAAGAAAAAUACUCCUGAAUCGAUACUUUAAAGGUGAUUAUGGAGUUGGUAUGAAUGGACAUCUAUCAGGUACCUACUCCAAAACUGCACAAGUGGGAGGAAGCUUUUCUGGACAAGAUUCAGAUAAGAUGGGGAUAUCAAUGUCAGAUAUUCAGUGUCUGCUCGAUAAGGAGGGUGCAUCUGAACUUGUCAUUGAUGUUAUAGUGAACACCAAAAAUGACAGAAUUUUUUCAGAAGGCAUUUUCCUUGGCAUUGCCUUGCUUGAAGGAGGAAAUACACAAACACAGUAUUCUUUCUACCAGCAGUUGCAUGAACAAAAAAGGUCAGAAAAAUUCUUCAAAGUUCUCUAUGACCGAAUGAAGGCUGCUCAGAAAGAGAUAAGAUCGACAGUGACAGUUAAUACCAUAGAUUUGGGUAGCAAAAAAAGGGAUGAUGACAAUGAAUUGAUGACAUCUGGUCCACGAAUGAGAGUAAGAGAUUCAUCAUUACAUUUAAAAGAGGGAAUGAAAGGGCAAUUGACAGAAGCUUCUUCAGCAACAUCCAAAGCAUAUUGCGUGUACAGAAGAGAAAUGGAUCCAGAAAUAGACAUUAUGUGCAUGGGGCCAGAAGCAGGAAGUGCCGAGGAAAAGUCUGCAGAGGAAGUAACCAUGAGUCCUGCAAUUGCCAUCAUGCAGCCGAUACUGAGAUUUCUUCAGUUACUGUGUGAAAAUCACAACCGGGAACUACAGAACUUCUUGAGGAAUCAAAACAACAAAACAAACUACAACCUUGUCUGUGAGACCCUUCAGUUUUUGGACUGCAUUUGUGGAAGUACAACCGGCGGCCUGGGCCUGUUGGGUCUCUACAUCAAUGAGAAGAAUGUCGCGCUGGUCAACCAGACUCUGGAGAGCUUAACUGAGUAUUGCCAGGGCCCGUGCCAUGAAAAUCAGACCUGUAUUGCUACUCAUGAAUCUAAUGGAAUUGACAUCAUCAUUGCUUUGAUUCUAAAUGAUAUCAACCCUCUUGGUAAAUACCGAAUGGACCUGGUGCUCCAACUAAAGAAUAACGCCUCCAAGCUUUUGCUGGCUAUUAUGGAAAGCAGACAUGACAGCGAGAAUGCGGAAAGAAUUCUCUUUAACAUGAGACCCAGGGAACUGGUGGAUGUAAUGAAGAACGCCUACAACCAAGGAUUUGAAUGCGAUCACGGGGGUAAUGAAGGUGGAGAUGAUGGUGUUUCCCCAAAAGAUGUUGGACACAAUAUCUAUAUUCUGGCCCAUCAGUUGGCCCGGCACAAUAAACUUUUACAGCAGAUGCUCAAACCAGGUCUGGAUCCAGAUGAGGGGGAUGAAGCCUUGAAGUGUUACGCUAACCACACUGCACAGAUUGAGAUUGUUCGACAUGAUAGGACUAUGGAACAAAUAGUUUUUCCUGUCCCCAAUAUAUGUGAAUACCUCACUCGAGAAUCCAAGUGCCGUGUGUUCAAUACAACUGAGAGGGAUGAACAAGGAAGUAAGGUGAAUGACUUUUUCCAGCAAACAGAAGAUCUCUACAAUGAAAUGAAGUGGCAGAAGAAAAUUAGGAAUAACCCUGCCCUGUUCUGGUUCUCAAGGCACAUCUCUCUGUGGGGGAGCAUUUCCUUCAACCUGGCUGUGUUCAUCAACUUAGCUGUUGCUCUCUUCUACCCAUUUGGGGAUGAUGGAGAUGAAG